AUCAAUACCACGCUAGAGGCAAUUCCACUCAUGGACAAGAAUAAGAAGGGACGCGGUGGCCUGAUUGUCAAUAUUGCUUCCGUGUUGGGUUUGGAGCCCGCACCACCCGCCGCCAUCUACUGCGCAUCUAAAUUCGGUGUUAUGGGCUUCUCGCGUUCAAUUUCCGAUCCUUAUUAUUACAACCUUACCGGUAUUGCGGUAGCCACAUUUUGUCCCGGUUUGACAGAAACGCCGUUGAAGAACAAUAUUGCUACUAAAUACACCUUCGAAUAUUCGAAGGUGAUUGGUGAUAAGCUCAACAACACCAAGACGCAGAAACCCGAAGCUUGUGGCGCUCAUUUGACUCAGGUGCUCGAUACAGCCGAGAAUGGUGGAAUCUAUAUUAGCAACCAAGGCACUUUGUCCAAGGUCACACCGACCGUCUACUGGCAACCCACAUUCAACUAG